UGUGGUGGGUGAGACAGCAGUCUCCUGUCAGUGCUACUGCUGCCCUCAGAUCUGUGUGUCUCUGUCCGGACCAGCUGCUGAAGAGAAAAGCCAUGGCACCUGCAAAGAAGAACAGGGUGUUUGUUAUCGGUGUGGGCAUGACAAAGUUUGACAAGCCUGGAGCCCGAGACAACUCUGACUAUCCUGAUAUGGCCAAAGAAGCAGGUCAAAAGGCCUUAGCUGAUGCAGGAAUCCCAUAUUCUGCCAUUGAACAAGCCUGUGUAGGAUAUGUCUAUGGGGACUCCACAUGUGGGCAGAGGGCCAUUUAUCACGGCCUGGGUCUGUCCGGGAUCCCCAUCAUCAACGUCAACAACAACUGCUCCACAGGCUCCACUGCUCUCUUCAUGGCACGGCAGCUGGUCCUGGGAGGUCUCGCUGACUGUGUGUUGGCCCUCGGGUUUGAGAAGAUGGAGAGAGGCUCCUUGUCCUCAAAGUAUAUGGACAGGACCAAUCCCAUGGACAAGCACAUGGAGGUUAUGAUCAACCGUUAUGGGAUGGUGGCAGCACCUGCAGCACCACAGAUGUUUGGCAACGCUGGCAGGGAGCACAUGGAGAAAUAUGGCACGAAACCGGAACACUUUGCUAAAAUUGCCUGGAAAAACCACAAGCAUUCGACCAACAACCCUUAUUCCCAGUUCCAGGAGGAGUACAGUUUGGAGCAGGUGAUCAACUCCAGGAAGGUGUUUGAUUUCCUGACUCUGCUUCAGUGUUGCCCGACAUCAGAUGGUGCUGGAGCAGCAGUUUUGGCCAGCGAGGCCUUUGUCAGGAAACACCACCUGGAGAACCAGGCAGUGGAGAUUGUGGCCCAAGAGAUGGUGACCGACCUCGCCUCCACGUUUGAAGAAAACAGCUGCAUUAAGAUGGUGGGAUACGACAUGUCUCAGUUAGCGGCUAAAAAGUGCUUUGAGGUGGCAGGUCUGAAGCCCAGUGACGUUGAUGUGGUUGAGCUGCACGACUGCUUCUCAGCCAAUGAGCUCAUCACAUACGAGGCCCUGGGGCUGUGUCAAGAAGGUAAAGCUGGAGAGCUGAUUGACAGAGGGGACAACACCUAUGGAGGCAAGUUUGUGGUCAACCCCAGUGGCGGUCUCAUCUCUAAAGGACAUCCUCUGGGCGCCACAGGUCUGGCCCAGUGUGCAGAGCUGUGCUGGCAGCUCAGAGGACAGGCCGGCAAGAGGCAGGUCCCGGGGGCAAAAGUGGCCUUGCAACACAACAUUGGCUUAGGAGGAGCUGUGGUCGUUGCUCUCUACAGGAUGGGAUUCCCACAUGGGGCCAGGUCGCACUUGGCUGCUGUUCCCACCAGCUCAGGCAGCGGUCUGGAGAGCUUUAAAGUUUACCCUGUCUUCAGAGAGAUUGAAAAACAUUUAGAGAAGGAAGGAGAGCAGCUUGUCAAGAAGAUUGGUGGAGUGUUUGCAUUUAAAGUGAAGAGUGGACCAGAUGGGAAGGAGGCGACUUGGGUUGUUGAUGUGAAAAGUGGCAAAGGUUCUGUCACCAAUGACCCGAAUAAAAAGGCAGACUGCACCUUGGCCAUGAAUGACGAGGAUCUUCUGCAUAUGAUGACAGGAAAGCUGAACCCUCAAAUGGCGUUCUUUAAAGGGAAGCUGAAGGUCACUGGAAACAUGGCCAUGGCUAUGAAGCUGCAAAACCUCCAGGUUAUAUCAGGCAAGGCUAAGCUGUGAGCUUUUUGUUCCCCGAGCAACAUUUGAAGGGCGAAGGAAAACUCGUUUUCUCCUGUUGAAAUUGUAAUUUCGCUAAUCAACAGACCUCACAUAAUGUAUUAAUAAUGUGUUUGAUUUUGAGAGGCAGUUCAAUUCCAGCUGCUACUUUGAUAUCACAGCACUCUGCAUAGUGUGCGCAGAAUGGCCUAUGUACACGUUGUUGGCUCUAGACCCAUCAUCUCUAAGUCUGAUAUGAAUUCUGAAGCAUCCAGUGAGUCUAUAGGAGCCGUUUGCUCGUGGAAAAUUAAAAAAUGUGAGAAGCUACACUGUUUGAUUGUCAAAAUGUGCCUCUGACGUCCGUCUAUAGAAUUAAAGCUGUGGUUUAAAGCCAUUUUGGGCCUAUACCAUUUUGAUAGAUAAUUUUGUAAAGAAUAAACAUCUGUAAAUUAAUGAAAUAAUCUUAGUUUUUUUUUUUUUCUUAAUAAAUCCUUCACUGACAAUAA